AUGGGCAAUCUCCCCUUAAGGGUAGCAAGGUUGCAGACAAGCCGACUCCGUUUCACCCACGCCAGUCACGCCGAAAGACUCAACCCAAACAUGCACUGCAACGGAUUUGCAAGGUGCAAAAUGCCUAUGGUGCCUCUGCCAGAUGCAUGCAGCUCGAUGCUGCUUCGCGUGUUUCGCGUCAUAUCCGUCAUAUCCCGCAAGGAAGAGCAUGAAUCGAUAAGCCUUUGUACGUUCCGCACCUAUACACAGUAUCUUCAAGCCAGGAGCCAUGGCGACAAAACAGAGUUCAUCAUGAGAGCCAAGACUCUCGACAGCAUUGCACAGCGCUGCGUGGACCUUGGUGUGCCCAUGUCUCAGGUGGAAGCUUGUCAAGCGACUGGCGCCUGCACAUUCCCGCGGCCCUCAACCGCCAUGAGCUGA